CGCUCGCCGCGCCGGCGCCCCCGCCCCGACCGGCCCCGCGGGUUUGGCGGCAGCUCCCUUCCCACCGCGACACGGGGCCAGCGCCCAGAGGAAGCCUCCGCCACCCGCGCGGCAACGGCCGGGCCGCACCGGACCGAACGGGACAGGAGCCACCGCCGCCCCUCGCGCGCAGGGCACCGGGCUGCCCCGCGGUCCCGGCGCUGCGCAUGCGCCCGGCGGCGGCCCGCGGCCCGUCACGGCGGCGGCGGGGCCGGUGUGAUGUCGGCGGCGCGGCGGGCGCUUCCGGGAAGAUGGCGGCCUGGAGAGCGGCGCUGGCGGUGGGCGCCCGCGCUCCCCUGCGGGGGCGGCUCGCGGCGCUGCGGGGCCCCCGGGGCCAGCGGCGGCCGCCGAGCUGGAGGGGCGCCGCCGCCGCCGCCCUGCUCGGGGGAGGCGCCUUGGCCGCGUGUCUCGGCAGCUGGCGGGGGCGGCGAGGGGCGGGCGCGCUCCCCGCGGUGCUGGCGCAGCGUAGACAGGAGCCAGCUGGAGGAGCCGGUACUGCUGGGCUCGUCCGAGGUCAAGCAGAAGGAAGAUGUUGCUAAUGAAGAAAUGGCAGAAAGACUGUCUCUUCGGAAGCAUCGCUUCAUGCAUUUUGCAUCGUUGGAAUAUGAAGGAGAAUAUUACAUGACACCGAGAGAUUUCUUGUUUUCAGUAAUGUUUGAUCAAGUUGAACGUAAAGCUUCAGCCAAGAAACUGACAAAAAAGGAGGUAGAUGCUGCACUGGCAAACGUUACAAAAGCUAAACCUGGACCGACCUUUUUUAGAGAGCUUGGUGAUAAAGGCUUGAUCUCAUAUGCAGAGUACCUGUUUUUGUUGACAAUCCUUACAAAACCACAGACUGGAUUUCAGAUUGCUUUUAAAAUGUUGGAUAUAGAUGGCAAUGAACAAGUUGAGAAGAAAGAAUUUUUUAAGCUACAGAGAAUCAUUGGGAAGCAAGAUGAUUUGAAAACAGCUGGAAAUGAGACAAUAUUCCAGGGCGCAGAACUGGAAGGCUCUGGUGUGAAUACCAUGUUGCUGGUACAUUUCUUUGGAAGAGAAGGAAAGGAAAAGCUUCACUAUUCUGAGUUUUUCAGAUUCAUGGAAAAUCUGCAAACAGAAGUACAAGAAAUGGAAUUCAUACAGUUUUCAAAGGGCUUGAACGUCAUGAGAAAAGAAGACUUUGCAGAAUGGUUGCUGUAUUUCACUGAUGAGGAAAACAAUGAAAUUUACUGGCAAAACGUGAAAGACAGAAUUCAGGCAGACGAGAAUAUCAGUUUGGAGGAAUUCAAGACUUUUUGCAAGUUUACAAACAACCUGGAAGACUUUUCUAUUGCCAUGCAGAUGUUUACAGUAGCUAAUCGUCCUGUUAAACGGGCUGAGUUCAAGAGAGCAGUGAAGGUGGCAACAGGACAGGAGCUCUCAGAUAAUGUUUUGGAUACCAUCUUCAAGAUCUUUGAUCUAGAUGGAGAUGACUGCCUCAGCCAUGGGGAGUUUCUUGGAGUCCUGAAGAACCGAAUUCAUCGAGGUUUGAGGGUACCGCAACAGCAGGGCAUCCACGGUUACUGGAAAUGUGUGAAAAGAGAAAGCAUUAAAGGAGCGAAAGAAGUCUGGAAACAAACUGGGAAAAGUCCUUUUUAAAAUAGCCCUUUGUUCCAAUACUAUAAAGGUUGUUAUUUAGGUAUUUUGUCUGUCUUGUUUACAUAAUAGCUGAAUCAUAACUGCUCAUUUUUACAAUAGCAAAACUUUAAUGAACACAAUUUCUACUGCAAUAAUUUUAUAGUGUUCUAGUGCAAUCAGUUUGCUUUACAGAACUGUGAUCACUUUUGACCUCCAUACAGAAAUACUCUUGUUCUAGGGAAGUGUUGUUUACUCCUUUGUGGAAUCUGACCCUGCACUGUAGCGUAUGGGAUACAUAGGAUGUAAUCGUGCUCACUGGCCGGUGUGCCACAGCAAUAAUCUUUCCUGUUGGAAGAGCGGACAUCAUCUCAGUCAGCCACUAACACAGCAGUUCUCUUUUCCUGGCAAGAAUAGGCGUCCAAAAGCCUAAACGACCUGCACAAUCCAUGCGAUAUCCAUGCAAUAUCCUAAAUCAAAAAGGAAAGGUCACAUGUGUCCUCAUUACUGUGAACUGCUUGUGUGCUAGUUCCUGGAGCUUGUGUGGUUGUCUGGUUUUGUCUACCUUCAUGAUGAUAAGAUUAAACUGGAAAUAUAAGACUGUUGAUAAAGGCUUUAAAAGUUAUACAUUGAUCUAUGAAUGUUCAUAGAGUUCUUCAGACCUCUUCAACAAACAGAAUAAAUUAAAAGCCAAAUUCCUCAUUCUAUCAUAAACAGUAGUAGAUACAAUUUUAGUCAUAACUAUUUUGCUUUAAUUGUAUUGCAAAAGGUAAAUGUUUAACAAAUAGUGACUUUAUCUUAAUAAAGGUGUGACAGGGAAUGCUGCGGUAUCUCAGGAACUCAAGGUUGUAACAGCAGGUGUUGGGGGCAGGGGAGAAUACAUCCAGGGAAAAAAGUAAAUAAAAAUUAUGCUUUUUACUCCAAAAUACAAAUAAUUAGACAUACGACCUUAAACAGUAAAACAAGCAACAGAUCAAAAUUAAUAUUUAGCAAUUAUAGAUGAACAUUUUUCAGCUAUAACAUAGUGUGCUUCUAUGUGUACACAGAUAGGCAUGUGACAUGUUUUCUUUUCUUAUAAUAUUAGCAACUUACAUCCCAAGGAUCAGGUCAGUCUUCCUGGAAAUGUAGGAGACUAGACUAAUUUAAAAAGCUCUCAAGGUGCUUUCUCUUUCCCCUUCCCAUUUUUCUGAUUUGGCUAGGGUAGGGUGAAAGCUUAACCUUUCAAAAGAGUUUCUUUGAUACCAGACUCAACAGAUCAUCUGGGGAAAUGUCUCAAGAAAAACAACCAAGAAGUCUCACCACUCCAAGGAAAUAUCCAUCCCUUUUAAGUAUGACACUAAGUAUGUUAUUCUCAAAGUUGUUUUGCUGUCAUUUGGGUUUUGGUGGAGGGAGGGAGCUUUGGGAAGAGGGGAACUUUCCAUGAUGUACAGAUAUCAGAACAGCCCUCAGAUGGAAGACAGGAGGGACUGCAUUAAGAAACCAUUAAGAUCCUAUCUAAAGAGUACAGAGGUUACCAGUAAUACAUUUGGUAUGUCAGUAGUCCUCAGGCCAGCCUGUGAUGAGGUGAAGUCUUCACAAGCUUCAGCGUAGUGUCCUUAUCCAAGGAAAUAGAUUAGGAAGUCAGCAAAGCAGCAGUGUGGCGUGGUUGCUGCUGCUCCCAACAAGGCCUUCUCUUGCAGCUUUAAUUUAAAUUGUGUUAAAGAGCAAAUGCUUGUAUUCUUGUGGGCUGUGGUCAUGCACCCAGAGUCAUCCACCAGAACAACAGCAUGUGCCUAUCAAGCAAGAGCUAAGUGGGUAUCAUCUGAGCCCUAUCUAGAAAAUCUCAUAGCAGUGACCACCAAAAAUUCCUCUGCUUCCCCCAAGAAACUAUCAGAAUGAAAUAAAACACAGUAUGUGCCUCUCCCUCUCAAACUGAACUCAUGGAAUUGUUGUGUGGGCAACAAGAAAUUAGAUAGCUGGUUUUGUUUUGUACCUUUGGAAGAUGCCUGUACCUUAUGGUGAUGGGAUCCGUAAGAGAUGGCUAAUGGGAGCAAGGGGGGGCAGCGGGACUGGCAGGAAAAUACCACAGCAAAAUUCACAUCACCAAAUAAUAAAAAAAGGACACAAUCAAGCAAGACACUUCUGUACUGCGAAAGUAUGUGUGUUCACCCAAUGCAUGCUUUGUUCCAUCUCUGGCUUUAAUGCGAGGGUGCCUUUUACCUAUUGCUGUUAAUAUUUUGGCAAAUCAUUUUUACUUUGGAAUGGAGAAUAUUAGCUAACAUCUUAUUCUGUGAAUUGUUAAUAGGUUUAUGAUGUUCUUUUUUGCUUCUUGGUUUCUUUCGUUUAUCAGCGACUUGCUCCCUACAAGCUGUUUGGUUUGGAAAAAUCAAUUCAUCUAGCUCUAGUGUAUCUGGAAGUUUAAUGUUUCAUUGCUCAUUUGUAUCUGGGUUUGUGCAAUUAGCAAUAUCUCGUUUUGUCAGCAAGUUAGUAAAAAAUGCAAUUUCAAGUUUUAUUCCUAAGCAAAAGGUUUUGUGUCAAGUUCAGAGGAAAAAGAAAACAGCUACACUUACUUUAAAAUGAACUUUGUGUCUGUAGUAAAAUAAGAAAUGGAAUGAUUGAUUGGGAAUUAAAUACAGUAAGAAACAUUUUCAGAAGAAGUUAUUCUGAAAGUAGAGCCAGGACGGAACACCUUUGAAGGCCGGGGAAGACUUGCCCCUCAGCUUUAAAGAAUCAGACUCUGUUUAAUUUUCAGUCGAUUCUUGUUCGUCUUCACUAAAAGGUUUUACAGAACAGUCUUAAAAUCAUUUCUCAGAUUUAAUAUCUUAGACUGAAAGAGCUGUUUACAUAAGUGUUUAUACUGGCUUUGUCUUUUAAGGAAUCCGUAGUAGUUCAGAUGUUUUAGUUCCUUUUACAGCUAAAGUAACUGUAUGGUAUUUGCAAGCUGUCUGUCAGCAUUACUCAACACAAUUUAUGUAAAUGUUUAUGCCUAGUGCCAUUCUAUCAGUAAAGCUUAAGGAUUAUGAUUUUUCUGAUGUUAGGAACCUUUCCUCUGAACAGAAAUACAUAGCAAAACUAAAUAAAACUACAUUUUGAAAAAAA